UAAUGACUGCUGUGUAAUUCAGCACUUUGACAUUGGUGACAUCAGUAACUUUAUGGGUGCUAAAACAAAGUCUCUAAGGAGGCUACUGGCUAUAUAAGCUACAAUGUUCAUUACCUGAAGCAGGCUGGAAAGAAGAAGGAUUCACCAUGUGGACUCUCUUGUUUCUUUGCAGUGUGCUCACCAUGCACGGCGUGCAAGGUGCUGGUCGGUGGUACUAUACAAGUUAUACAACAGCAGACAGAACGCCAACCGAGCCCAGCACAGAUCAGCCCUCAUGCCGUUACAACUGUGGCUAUUCCUUGGGAAGCUGCUCCUGCUCCAGCUCUUGUCGAUACAACGGCAACUGUUGUCAUGACUACAGCCGGUACUGCUACUACUACAAGACUACUGAAACACCCUAUGCCACCUCAGCUCAGCCCUCAUGUCGUUACAACUGUGGCUAUUCCUUGGGAAGCUGCUCCUGCUCCAGCUCUUGUCGAUACAACGGCAACUGUUGCCGUGACUACAGCCGGUACUGCUACCAUACCACUUACGCACCCGUUACAGCUCAGCCAUCAUGUCGAUACAACUGUGGCAGACACAUGGGAAGCUGCUCCUGCUCCAGCUCUUGUCGAUACUACGGCAACUGUUGCUAUGACUACUCCUGGUACUGCUACGAGACCUCUGCAACACCCGAUCGCACCACAGCUCAGCCCUCAUGUCGUUACAACUGUGGCUAUUCCUUGGGAAGCUGCUCCUGCUCCAGCUCUUGUCGAUACAACGGCAACUGUUGUCAUGACUACAGCCGGUACUGCUACCAUACCACUUACGCACCCGUUACAGCUCAGCCAUCAUGUCGAUACAACUGUGGCGGACACAUGGGAAGCUGCUCCUGCUCCAGUUCUUGUCGAUACAAUGGCAACUGUUGCUAUGACUACUACUCCUACUGCCACACCACAACUCACUGGCCACACACAACUCACUGGCAAACCACAGGAAACCCAUGUGGAGGCUAUCUGUUUGGCUCUGGCACCUUCUCCAGCCCUAACCACCCCGACCACUAUAACGACCACAGCUACUGCGUCUGGCAGCUCAGAGCUUCUCAUGACCAAAGAAUCUACAUCACAUUCGACUUUGUGGAACUGGAGAACUGCUGCAGCUGUGACUACGUCUCAGUCUACGAUGGCUCAUCUGUUUAUUCAGGACUUUUGGGGAAAGUUUGCAACGGCAAUGUGGCCUCUUUCUUCUCCUCUUCCACGUACAUGACUGUGCUCUUCCGCACUGAUAGCUCUGUGGUCGCUCGAGGGUUCAGGGCUGAGUUCAUGAGCACUCUGCGAUCAAGCUCAGGUCGAGUGGAGUGCUCCUCAGAAAACAUGAACAUUGUGAUCAGCAGGAGUUACUUGAGCUCUCUGGGCUACACUGGAAAUGAUCUGUACCUGAAUGACCCAAACUGCAGACCGUAUUAUAAUUCCAAUUACGAGGUGGUCUUCAGCUACUCCAUUACCAGCUGUGGCAAUGUUAAAAAGAUCGACAACGGCACAGUUAUUUACACCAACAACGUCGGUGCCUCCAACUCCUCCUCCUCGUCCUCCGAGAUCACACGCCAAAGUCAUUUUGAGCUGAAUGUCAACUGUCGAAUGGAUAAGGACUCGGUGUCCCAGACUGUGUAUAUUGUCAAUCAUCCUGGCAGCAGCAGCAUCAUUGGCUCAGGCAAAUUCAACACCAGCAUGGAUUUCUACACAUCCAGCAGCUUCUACGACAAGGUGACUCAAAGGCCCUAUAGUGUAUCACUCAACGAGUACAUGUACGUUCAAGUGGACCUGUGGAGGCCGGACGGCAGCCUGGUGAUCUUUAUUGACACCUGCGUGACCUCGCCGUCUGCCGAUGAUUUCUACAGCAAACCUUACUACUUGGUCCGUGACGGAUGUUCUGCAGACAGCACCUACUAUGCCUACAUUAGCGGCACUCGCUCCUAUGCCCGGUUCAGAUUUAAGUCCUUUCAGUUCUUGCGUGCCUCCAAGGCUGUAUACAUCCAGUGCACGGUUCUGAUAUGCCCAGCCUCUGACUACAAUUCCCGCUGCCGCCGUGGCUGCAUGAGACGUACAGCCAGAGACCUGGGGUCAGACCAUGAGAGCCAAACUCUGGUUCUGGGUCCCAUUCAGCUCAAAGACCCUGAGAAAAAGGAAGAAGGGAGUGACGAGCAGAGCAAGGCUUAACUUGACACUCCAGUGACAUACUCUAAUCAACUUUUAACUUCUCUUUCUAUCCUGUUCUGACAAUUUAUACUCAGCAUUUCAUUUCUUUUCCUUUCUAUCACAUUACUUGAUUAAAAGCAUCAUCAAAAGACAA